UUUUGAGGCGAGUGUACCUCACGAGCUCCAGAGUCAACUCAAGUUGUUGAUUUCACUCAGAACUCAGUAGUCCUCUGCUCUCCCACCAUUUCUCCUCAGAGAGGGAGAGAGGGAGAGAGAGAGAGAGAGAGAGAGAGAGAGAGAGGGGGGGGGGGGGAGGAUGGUGAGAGCUUCGAAAGCUUCGAAGGACGAAAAUGGCGGAAAAGCUCAAGAUAACCCAGAGUUGGAAGAACGGAAAAGACUUAAGAAGCUUUCAUUCUCCAAGAAAUUGCUCUCUCAAACUCCUGCGAGACCGAUUGCCCCUCUCAGCCCAUCGAAAAUAGUUUGCAAACACCAUGGGAGAGACAUAGUGAAGAAAGCCCAGAGAAAGAACAGAUUCCUCUUCUCAUUUCCUGGUCUUAUUGCUCCUGUCACUGGAGGGAAGAUAGGAGAGUUGAAGGAUUUGGGAACGAAGAAUCCCAUACUAUACCUUGAUUUCCCUCAGGGUCAGGUGAAGUUGUUUGGUACAAUCGUUUAUCCGAAGAACAGGUAUUUGACUCUGCAGUUCUCCAAAGGAGGCAAGAAUGUGAUGUGUGAGGAUUAUUUUGAUAACAUGAUUGUAUUUUCUGAAGCAUGGUGGAUUGGAAAAAAAGAUGAGAAUCCUGAAGAGAUCCAACUUGAUUUUCCGGAGGAGCUGAAAGAGGGACAAAAUGUUGAUGUUGACUAUGAUUUUAAAGGUGGUGCUGGUGUGACAUCUGAGGAAAAACCUGGUGCUUCAAAUCGUGGAAAAGAAUACGUUGAUCUGAAGUCUCCUAGAGUUGAUUCAGAAGAUGACAUAUCAAGGGAUUCUGAUCCAAUAAUUGGGGAUGAUUUGAAUAAUAUGAUGGAUGUGACACCAGUUCGACAUUCAGCAAGGACCGCUGGCAAAAAGUUCAACUUUGCAGACGCUUCUUCUGGUGAUGAUUCAGAAGGUGCUCCUGACAUGGAUGUUGACAUACCUGAAAUUAAGGAAAAGGCAUCUAGUGAGCAUCUUGAUGAUGCAGCGAGGACUGUUUUUUCAGAUAAGAUUGAAGACUCCUCCUUGUCUGUAAAGAAGUCAAAAGAACUUCCUCAUAGUAAACGUGGUCCUCUUGUUCAGACUACCAUAUCAACAAUGUUUGAGAAAAUGGAAGAAAAGAAGUCCGGAAAAAGUUUAAGGAAAUCCCCGAGAUCAAAAGUUUCUGGCCGGAAGUUGGUGCAAACUGAUUUGAAACAAAAGCCUGCUCAAGAUGAAGCUGUGAAACCCAGGAAGAAAGGAUCAAUGAUCAAGGAAAGAAAAGCUGAUGCAGGUGCAGGAGUAGGAAGUGUCACAAAACAAGAGCAAUCUGAGACAUCUGUUCAAAUUCCUAAGGUCUACCGAAGGAAGAAAACAAAUUGCAUACCCACUCCACUCACAGCAGUUCAUUUGGAUGGUCCAUACAGUUCAGCACCUGCUUCAAACCCUUCAAUGGUUAAUUCACUUAUGGUUGAAGAUGAUGAUAUAGAAGAGUUCUCAAGUAAAUCAGAGGGUAUAGACGAAAGCGAUGAGGAUUGGGCUGCCUAAUACUGCAAUGUGACUAAAAUGGUACUAGAAGUCAGAUUUGAUUUUCAGGUUGUUUUCCAUCUUGUUUCUGGCCAAGAAUAUUUCAGUGAAUGCUAAUGCAGCAAUUGUUCAUAUAGUACAAAACCCAGGAUGCUUUGGCUUUUGGUAGUGAAGAUUAUUACAUUAUGUGAAGUAAACCAGUGCAUAUAAUUCUAGAUAUUUUGCUUACCAGAACGAGUUAAAAACUCGCUCCUGUUUUAUCUA